UCAUCUUCUUCCCUUCUUUCACUUCUCUUCCACUUUUUGGCAGAAGCAGUGGCUAGUGAGAAACCCUCAUUCUAUUCCUCUCUACCUGCAGCCGCCAUCGACUAGAACUCCUAAAUGGAUUACGCAAAGGGGGCUGUGACAUCGAUUGUUGUUAUUUUCAUUCCACUACUGAUUCUCCUCUACAAGCUGUGGUUGGGAAGGAGAAAUUCAGAUGCAUCAAACAGAGUUGAUAAUGCCUCUACACAGCCGGAUUCUAUUGCUAAUGCUUCUGAAUCUGCAGAUUCUGAGAAUACUUUGCUGCCACUUCCUUCUGGGGAGUACGAGGUGUUCUUGAGUUUCAGAGGUCCAGACACUCGUUAUCAGAUCACCGAUAUCCUCUACCGGUUUCUGGUUAACUUAAAGAUUCGGACGUUCAAGGAUGAUGAUGAGCUGCGGAAAGGAGAAGGGAUAUGGCCCAGUCUUGUCAAGGCCAUUGAACAAUCCAAAAUCUAUGUUCCCAUCUUCUCGGAGAAUUAUGCUUGUAGCAAAUGGUGCCUCAGAGAGCUUGCUGCAAUGGUUGAGCGUCAGGAGCGAGACGAGGGGUGCAUCAUACUCCCCAUCUUUUACAUGGUUGAUCCCAGAGAUGUACGACAUCAAAGUGGGCCUUACGAGGAAGCAUUUCAAAAACACAAUAUGAAUUUUGAAGAAAAGACCACAGAAGUAUGGAAAGCUGCUAUGAACAAGGUUGGAGCUUUGAAAGGAUGGCACAUCAAAAGCAAUAAUGAGCAGGGAGCUAUAACAGAUCUUGUCACUGGCGUUAUAUGGUCACAUUUGAGCAAGAAUAAUUAUCUAUUAGAGACAGAUGAGUUGGUUGGAGUUGAUGAUCACAUAAAAGAGGUAGAAGAGAGAAUGAGUUUGGACUCUGGAGGGAUGAUAAUUGUUGGGAUUCAUGGUCUUGGUGGUAUUGGUAAAACCACUCUUGCGAAGGCUGUCUAUAACAAAACAUCUGCUCUUUUUGAUCGGUGUUGUUUUAUGGAAAACGUACGAGAAACACUACAACAAAAUGACGGUUGUCUCAUUUUGCAGAAGAAUCUAAUCAGUAGCAUCCUGAGAACAAAAUUUGAUUGUGACAUUGCUAAUGCUAGUGAAGGAGUCAAAAUUGUAAGAGAUAGAGUUUAUCAUUUCAAAGUCCUUAUAGUUCUGGAUGAUGUAGAUGAGAAACUCGAAUUUCGCAGCAUCUUGGGAGACACUGAGGAUUUAGUUCCGGGAAGCAGAUUUAUUGUUACUUCUAGAAACAUAAAAGUCUUGAGUACUUUGACUGAACAAGACAGGCUUUAUGGUGUUCGGAAGAUGCGUCCGCCUCACGCCCUUCAGCUUUUCUGCAAGCAUUCCUUCAGAAAGGAUUCUCCUCCACCUAUAUAUGAAACUUUGUCGGAAGAUAUUGUAUCUGUUGCUGGGGGGCUGCCUUUGACACUUAAAUUGGUGGGAUCACUUUUAUUUAAAGAAGAGGAAGGGAUUUGGAAAGAGAAAUUGAGGCAGCUAAGAGAAGUACCUGAGGAAGAGGUUGUAGAAAGAUUAAAGAUAAGCUAUGACACAUUAAACCACGAGGCAAAGCAAAUUUUCUUGGACAUUGCUUGUUUCUUCAUUGAAACUGAGAAGGAGAUAGCUUCUUACAUGUGGAGUGAUUGUGGCUUUUUUCCGAUCGUCAACAUUAAUAUUCUUAUUCAGAGGUGUAUGAUUGAAAUGGAUGAUCAUAAUAAGUUCCAUAUGCAUGAUCAACUUAGAGAUAUGGCCAGAGAAAUUAUACGGCGAGAAGAUAUAAAAUAUCCAUGGAAGAGAAGUAGAAUAUGGUCCACUGAAAUGGCAAUGGACAUGUUACGCGAUAAGAAGGGAACAGACCGAGUGGAGGCCAUUAGAGUAAACUUAUCAUCCAAUGAUGAUGAUGAUGAUAAUGAAGAUAAUGAUGUUGUGGAGGAGGAGCUCGAAAAGGAUUGCUUUAUGAAUUUAUCAGAGCUAAGAUAUCUUGAGGUCAGAGCUGUGAAGCUCGCUUGCGACAUUAGUAAUCAUCUUCCGAAUUUAAGAUGGCUGCGAUUGGAGCUCAUGGAUGGUAAUGGUUUGGAUAAUAUACGCAUGAAGAAUCUGGUGAUUCUUCAACUCUUACAACCAGUAGAUGAAAGUUGGGAAGGUUGGAGCCAUAUCAAGGUGUCAAACAAGCUGAAAGUUUUGGAGUUCUUGGGGGAUAGCCUAACCAAAUUGCCCCAGUUUCCACAAUCUGGAAGGCUGGAGGUGUUAAGUGUUUCUGAAUUCAGUGGUGAAUCUGGGUACCUGGAUAUUGGGAAUUUGAGGAACCUAAAGGUGUUGCGCCUGGAGGGUUGUGAUAUAAGUGAGAUAAGGGGUGGAACCAUUGGGAUGAUGAAGGGCCUUCGAGAGCUUGACUUCAGCGAGUUAUGUUGUGAGAAGAAUCUGAGACAAGUGCUCAGAGAUAUUGGAGAACUGGGGUCUCUUGAAAUCUUGAUGGUAUCAUGUGAAAUCAACUUGCUGUUGGGGAUUAAGCUUCCCACAAGUUUGAAAGUGCUAGAGACUUCAUCUCCAGUUGCUAACCUUCCAGAGCUGUUGGAGUUGGAGAAUCUAGCCGUUCGAGAUUGUGAUUCUGGACUUGAGAUCCCGACAGCAGACAGUAGUAUGUGGUGGAAGAUAUCCAAAUUGAAGUCCCUAUCACUCUCUAACUCAAAGAUGACUACCUCAAUUACUACCAGUCCAACUCCUUUGCUGUUGCUUCCAUCAUCUCUCACUAGCCUCGUCAUUUAUUCUUGUCCAAAACUGGUGUGGCUCCCAAGUCUAGAGAAUCUGGAGAACUUAACUCAAUUUAAAAUCUCCUUAUGUCCCUCACUUAAGCAGAUCCCAAGUCUUGACAGUCUUCUCUCUUUGACAAGCUUGAGCCUUUCAGGAUGUAAAGCAUUGGAGAGACUACCCAGUCUGGCGUAUUUGAGCAAGUUGUUGGAGUUAGACAUCGACUUCUGCCCUCGUCUUGCAGAAAUCCAAGGCCUUGGAGGACUGAGAUCGUUGCAAAAGCUCAGCAUUGAUGAUGCAGAGAGUUUAACUCGUCUCCUUGGCUUUCGAACUCUCCUAUCUUUCAACAAGUUAACAACUUUAAUCAUAGGGAUCAGCCCUCUUCUCUCAUCAGUAUCAUUCAAGGACCCUGAAUAUGAUGACGAUGGUGAUGGCCAAUUAGCAGCAAUACUCAACUCCUUACGAUAUCUACUCAUCAGUGGAACUACUCCAGUCCUACAGAGCUUCUGCCAGAUAUUGCAGCUGUCAAAGUUCCCCAUGAUGAAGCAGUUGAAAAUCACAGGGACGGGAGGAAAGGAUAAUGUAGAUACAGAGUUGGUAUUAGAUUGGAUUGAGUCUAUGGAAGAGUUGAAUGAACUGACUUUGCUUGACUUGGCCUCAAUAAGGAGACUCCCUCCAUUGUCGAAGCUUCGAAAGUUGUAUAGAUUGACAGUAGCUGAUGCUCCAAAACUGCAGGAGAUCGGGCCGCUUGGAGGAUUGAGUUCCUUGGAACACCUUGAUCUCAGUGGGUGCACAUCAUUGCAAAGGUUGCCGGAGGAUGUGUCUAGCUUGGAGCAAUUGCGAAGCGUAAACAUCAGAGGCUGCACAAGCUUGAGUGAUUUCUCUGCUCUAAAGAACCUACAGCAGAAUGUAACCAUAUGGUGGCCAGUCUCCAACGCCCUACCCUCGGACGAUGCAGACUUAAUGUCAGACUCAGACCUGGACUCGAACUAUGACAUCUCAGACUCGGGCAGUGUCACUGUCAGCCGAUCCAUUCGCAUAUACAACUUAGAUUCCGGCUCAGACGCAGACUCGUACUCAAGUGAAUCCUGAGGAGUGGUAUCUGAUUCAGUAUUCUCUUCACAUAGUCAUCUCUUGUGUGGAUUUGAAGGCAUUGUAAUUUAUGCUCUAGAAUUGGUGGCUGGUGAUUGGUAAGUUGUCUGAUAUCUUCUGUUCAAACUUCAGAGCAACACAGGAAAGUAGUCCCAUAUCAAUCACAUUGGGAAACUGUAAUUUCUUUGGGAUGAGGAGGCAUCCAAGCUUGUGAUUGAAUAUCACAAUGAGACACUGGGUUUACUGUCUACUGUAUGUUCAAUUUGAAAGGCCAUAUUGUGCGUAAUUGGUUUGAUUCGACUAGUUUGUGGUAAAUUAUGCACGAUCUUAAGCGUUUAGCGUGACAAUCUCAAAGGGGCACACCAGUAUAAUUAGAAGAUUGCUAUGCCAUUCAAGGAC